AGCAAGCCGGCGCACAGCCGCAGAAGUGUAGCGUGCAUGCUAACGCAGCACCCAACUUUUCCCAACUUUCAUUAGAAAUCUCCCCACUUCCUCUCCUUGUAACGUGAAUCGUCCCCUGGAAGCGCCGCCAACAUGAGCAUACUCGCCAAAAUAGCAGAGAUCGAAAAUGAGAUGGCCAGGACGCAGAGGAACAAGGCCACAGCUCACCACUUGGGUCUGCUCAAAGCACGUCUGGCCAAACUGAGGAGGGAACUGAUCACACCUAAAGGAGGCAGUGGUGGUGGAACAGGAGAAGGUUUUGAUGUGGCAAAAACUGGUGAUGCUCGCAUCGGCUUCGUGGGUUUUCCUUCAGUGGGAAAAUCUACGCUGCUCAGCAACCUUGCGGGUGUAUAUUCUGAGGUUGCUGCCUAUGAGUUCACCACCCUUACCACAGUUCCUGGAGUCAUUCGUUAUAAAGGCGCCAAAAUUCAGCUCCUGGAUCUACCAGGAAUCAUUGAGGGGGCCAAGGAUGGCAAAGGCAGAGGAAGACAAGUCAUCGCAGUGGCCCGGACCUGCAAUCUCAUCCUGAUAGUGCUCGAUGUGUUGAAGCCUCUCGGCCACAAGAAGCUAAUAGAGCACGAGCUGGAGGGCUUCGGCAUCCGGCUCAACAAGCAGCCGCCCAACAUUGGUUUCAAGAAGAAGGACAAAGGAGGCAUCAAUUUUACCGCGACAUGCGCACAAAGCGAGCUCGACGCCGACACGGUGAAGAGCAUCCUGGCUGAGUACAAGAUCCACAACGCCGACAUCACUCUGCGCAGCGACUCCACGGCGGAUGACCUCAUUGACGUGGUGGAGGGAAAUCGGGUCUACAUCCCGUGCAUCUAUGUGCUCAACAAGAUCGACCAGAUCUCCAUCGAGGAGCUGGACAUCAUCUACAAGGUGCCGCACUGCGUGCCCAUCUCCGCCCACCACCGCUGGAACUUCGACGACCUGCUGGAGAAGAUGUGGGACUACCUGAAACUCGUGCGCAUCUACACCAAACCCAAAGGCCAGCUCCCCGACUACACGUCUCCCGUCGUGCUGCCCGACGAGCGAACUUCAGUGGAGGACUUCUGCCUGAAAAUUCACAAAAACCUAAUCAAAGAGUUCAAGUAUGCACUUGUGUGGGGCUCGUCUGUGAAACAUAAUCCACAAAAGGUGGGCAAAGAUCACGUGUUGGAGGAUGAAGAUGUUAUCCAGCUGGUGAAAAAAUAAAUUGAAAAAAACGAGGCGAUCAUUUCCCUGCAUGGCCUGUGUAUCACAAAGUGUUCUGUACAGUCGAAAAUCUCCAAACAGAGCCCCUUUGUCAUGUGGUUUCAAGUUUUUUGGCUUUAAUUUAACACCAUGAAUAGUUCAUAUUGAAUGCUGGGUAAGGCUUGCAAUAAAAUCUGAAUAUAAACUGUACAAUAAAUACAUAAUAAAC